UACCGCGAGAUAUGUAACUUCGUGUAAUUCGGUUCCGUGUUUGACAUAACAAAGGCGUGAGAAGUUAUUAUGGGUUCAGAGGUUAAACAGGUCCAGAGCACCAAUGACAGCAGCAUUGUUAGCAAGUGUUCGAUGGUUGGUCUUGGCUACUUCCAGGAUGACUUUUUGAAGUGUUUUGUGACUAAGCAAAGCAGAAGAGCACCCCUCAUUAACCGUGGUUAUUACGUUCGAGCAAAAGCUGUGGAUCACUGCCUGAAACAAUUUUUGUUGCUGACAAAGGAUCACCCUGUCAGACAGAUACUGUCCCUUGGUGCUGGUUUUGAUUCCUUGUACUUUCGCCUGAAGGCCUGUGGACUGCUAGAAAAGACUGUUGUGAUUGAGAUAGACUUUCCUGCCGUUGUACAUCGUAAAAGAGCACUGAUCAGAGCAAAUCAAGAACUUGCUGCACUGGUGGGCUCUGUUGACAGUGCUGAAUCAGGGUUGUUGCAGCUUGAGGGGACUGACUACAAGUUACUUGCAGUAGAUCUGAAUGACCUGCAAAUGCUUGACUUGGGGCUGACCAAGGCUAACUUCAACCCAACUGUCCCAACACUGGUUUUGUCUGAAGUUGUGAUAACAUACCUGACAAAUGAAAGAUCUUCAGCACUGAUCAAGUGGGCAGCAGACAGUUUGUCAUCAGCUGUGUUUGUCAUCUAUGAACAGAUCUGUCCAGAUGACCCCUUCGGUCUCGUCAUGCGGCAGCACUUCAGGCAACUUAAUUCAACAUUGCAUGCUGUUGCUCAGUAUCCUGAUGCAAAGGCACAGUGGAAACGCUUUGCAGAACUGGGUUGGGAAGACUGUACUUGCAUUGAUAUGAAUGAGUUCUACUUUGGAUUAAUCCCUGAGGAGGAGCGCAGGAGGACAGAUUUUCUGGAGCCUUUUGAUGAGUACGAGGAAUGGCACUUGAAAUGCUCCCAUUAUUUCAUUUUGUCUGCAUCCAAAGGAGAAAUGGUUCAUUACCCCCUACUUAAGCUUCCUGCAGAUUUUGCAUUGAAGAUACCAGUUACAUUUAACAAUAAAACAAUCGUAGUAUCACCUAUUCGUACAGACCUUGUAUUUUUGGGUUUAAAAAGAUAUGGUCAUCGUUCUUCAGCAGUAGUGCCACAUAUCGUCAUCACCACUGGUGGUUAUGGAGAAAGUGAAUGUGCAGGACAACAUAGCCGCCUUAAAGACAUCCACUGUAUGGCAAACUUUGGAGACAGAUGGAUAUCUGCAACAGUGCAGGCCAAACAGGCAGAAAACAUAUGGGGUGAGCGAAUGUUUCAUAGUAUGACCAUGCUGUCUGACCAAAGGUGCAUAGUUAUUGGGGGUCGAUCAUCUCCACUGUGUGCUUUCCAGGAGGUUCUGUGCUGUGAGUUUAAUAACCUGACCAGCAGUGACCCAUCUAGUAUAGAAAUUUCGGCUGAGGCAGUUGACUGCAGUGGGAAAAAACCUUCCCCUAGGUGGCGACAUUCAGCAGCUGAGGUAAUUUAUAAAGAUCGCAAGUAUCUCUUUGUAUAUGGUGGGCGUUCAUCUUCUGAGAUGGUCCUAACUGACUGCCAUUUUCUAGACUUGGACAACUUCACUUGGGUGCAGAUACCAGUUGAAGGGCCUUACCCAGAAGGACGUCAUUCCCACACUGCCACCUGCUGGAAUGAUAGCAUCAUAGUCGCUUGUGGUCUAGGAAAAGGAACAAUGCCUCUGGGAUGCAUCUACCAAAUCCAGCCUACUGACAGUGGGUUCAGAUGGCAGAAAUUCCAGUGUCAUCCAGCUAUUGUUCCACGGUAUUCACACACAGCCCAUGUCAUUGACGAUAAACUUCUGCUGGUGGGUGGAGUUUGGAUUCAUUCAGAUCCAGUUCCAGGAGUUACUGUGAUUGACCUGAAAACAGGAGAAAGUCAAAAUUACCAGCUCAGUGUAGCAAAUAUGAAAUGGCCCUUAAUGCUGCAUAACCAUAGCAGUGUGCUGCUUGAAGAAGAGAAACAGCUGCUUAUCACAGGUGGAGGAGGAAAUUGCUUCUCAUUUGGAACUCAUCUAAACGUGCUACCAGCCCUGCUUAAUAUAGCAGAUAUCCUGUAACACAACAUUUCAGUUCAUGUCUUGGCAGAUUAGCCAGAUCUGCACAGCCUACAUUUUUAACCAUUGAUUGAUAAUCCUCUUCCCACACAAGCACUCUAGCAUUGUAGUCAUUCACUUUGUUGUACAUAAUUUUAAUCAUGUAAUAAUUUUGUAUUGUAAAUAAAGACUUUUUUUUACUUGCACUACUAUUUGAGUUGUUCACUUAGCACAGCCAGAAGGGAAGUAGCACUAUUUUCACUGUAUGAAUUUUGAAGCACACAGGCUUUAAGACACUCUUAAUCAGCAGAUGAGACUUUCUCUUGUUAAAUUUUUUUUGUCGCAGUUUCUUACAGAACCUGGCCCUGACCGUUAAACUUCUCUAAUGUUAUCAGACCAGCCUCAUGAGGAGGAGGAACCAAAUAAGCACAUCUCUUUCCUGAUGGUUGUAGAAGCUGGGUGGUCUAAACUUACUUUGCAUCAUUUUGUUGGUUUCUUAGGAAAUACUUUCCAUUUAAACUUACUUCAUUCAGCCUUAUGUUUGCCACCUCUGGAAGA